GUGGCAACACCAAAGCACCAGCUGAUUGUUUUGAGUUAAAUAAACGUGCACGAAAGCCAAACAAUUUAUCUGCCGAAACAAACGAAUUUUUAUUCUUAAUUAAUUUAAAUAAUAGCCAAAAUGGCGGGACGUGGAAGAGGAGGAAAGACUGGCACCCUCACGGCCGAGCAAAUGGCCAUGUUGGGCUGUACAAAGGACCUACCAGUGCAAACAGCGCCACCUCCUACCUUUCCACCGGUUUUGAACAGGCCCACUACUUUGGAGACAACAGCCACCCAAAACUACCAGCUUUUAUGGAAAGAGGAUUUUCUUAACAGGAUGAAGGAUUCACCCUAUUAUAUAGUGUCUGCCAAUCAGGAUUCUCAAAGCCAAGAGCACAAAGACUGGCGAGAGAAAGCCAUUGAGCGUAUGAAACUAAAAACACAACCCGAAUUCGACUACAAGUCCAUGCCCCGCGAACUUAAUCUAUCUAGCCGCAAGCGUCGUACCGCCGAUGUCCGGCCGAAGUUGCUUGCAAAGAAAACAAAUAUAGAAGAUAGACUGAAAAUUCUGGAGCAGAAGGAACUGAAGACUGGCGGCGCCGAAGAAGACGAAGUCAAACAAGAAUCUGAUUCCGAGCAGGAAGAGGAGCAAGAUGAUCCUGAGGCGGCAAUGGACGAAGAGAUGGAUGAAGAGAACGACUACGGGAACACAUAUUUCGAUAAUGGAGAAGCCUACAACGAUGAUGACGACAAUCUGGACGAUGGUCCCGUGUACUGAGCCAAAAUACAAACAUUCUAUAAAAUAA